CCCCUGACGUGACGCCGCCGUGCCCCGCGCGGCCACCGUCGGGCAAGAUGGCGGCGGGCAGCGACAGCGAGGAGGAGGAGGACCUGGUGAGCUACGGAGCGGCGCUGCAGCCCCUGCAGGAGGGUGAACGGAUUAAGAAGCCAGUUCCUCUUCAAGAGCAGACGGUGAAGGAUGCAAAGGGGCGAUAUCAGCGUUUCCACGGGGCCUUUACUGGGGGCUUUUCUGCUGGUUACUUCAACACCGUGGGCACAAAGGAAGGAUGGACGCCCUCAGCUUUUGUCUCCUCACGGCAGAAGAGAGCAGACAGAACCACUCUUGGACCAGAAGACUUCAUGGAUGAGGAGGAUCUUAGUGAAUUUGGGAUAGCACCGAAAGAUAUUACAACCACAGAUGAUUUUGCAUCCAAAACUAAAGACAGAAUAAAAGAGAAAGCCAGACAGAUUGCAGGAGUAGUUGCUGCCAUUCCAGGAACCACCGCAUUCGAUGAUUUAAUAGGACCCUCU